AUGGCGGUUGACCUGAUACAGUGUGUGCGCACUGGCGCAGAAGCCAGUGCGCUGGGCGACCCGCGUGCAUUAGCUCAGUGUGGAGUGGUUUGUUUUUCUGAGGGCCUCUUCAGCUCACACAGGGGCCCCUGCAUUAUCGGACACGGACACAUCCAUCUGCCCGCGGCCCCUCAGCCCUUCGCCUGUGUGGGGGCCCCGGUGCUUCCUCUGGCUGUGUGUUAUGCUAACAGCCGUGGCUCCUGUCAGCAGGCCGUACACUCAGAUUUACAGCUACUCCCAGAGGGAGAACAGAACCCCAUCUACAUCAAUGGGACGGCGGUGGAGAAGGUUCACAGCUUCAAGUUCCUAGGAACGCACAUAUCUGAGGACUUGUCUUGGACCAUCAACACCUCCAGCCUCGUCAAGAAUGCCCACUACCUUUUUCUCGUCCCCUACCGUAAUUUCUAUCGCUCUGCGAUACGACCUGGUAUGCCCUCCACUCCCUGCCCUUGA